AUGAGCUCCAUUGACAGCACUGCCGCCUUUUGGGCAAAGACAAACAAACACCUCAUGUCGACGGGAGUCCCAUUUUCUCCCGUCAUCAUCACAAAAGCAAAAGGCGCCCGUCUGUAUGAGGCUGACGGUCGGUCAAUCCUGGAUUUUACCUCCGGCCAGAUGAGCUCCCUUCUCGGUCACUCCCAUCCUGAGGUUGUGGAAGUUGUCAAGCACUAUGUCUCGGAGCUGGAUCACCUACUCAGUAACAUGAUAACCCAUCCAGUCGUCAAUCUCGCAGAGCGCCUUGCCAAAGUCUUGCCCGCUCCACUUGAGAAAUCCUUUUUCCUCAACACUGGAUCUGAAUCUACUGAGGCCGCUAUCAAGAUAGCCAAGUGCUAUACUGGAAACUUUGAAAUCAUCGCAUUCGCAGCCAGUUACCAUGGACUUACUCAGGGUUCUGGAUCUGCUACAUACUCUGCCGGCCGCAAACGCGGUGGUCCUUGCACUCCGGGCCAACUGGCAUUCCCUGCGCCUUACGCCUAUCGCUCGCCUUUUCGGAAGCCCGAUGGAUCCUACGACUGGGAGACAGAAAUGGAUUUUGGCUGGUCAAUGAUUGAUCGGCAAAGUGUUGGCUCACUUGCUGCCUUUAUUAUGGAGCCUAUACUCUCUACCGGUGGGAUUCUGGACAUGCCCGAAGGAUAUAUGAAGCGCAUGGUGGCCGAGUGCAAGAAACGCGGUAUGCUUGCUAUCAUGGAUGAGGCGCAGACCGGCGUCGGACGUACGGGCUAUAUGUUUGCAUUCGAAAAAGAUGGCAUUGUCCCUGAUAUUCUUGCCCUCUCAAAGACGCUUGGAUGUGGUCUUCCUCUUGCCUCCGUCAGUACCACAGCUGAAAUCGAGCGCGGCUGUACAGAGGCUGGUUUCUUGUGGCUUAGCACCCAUCUUAAUGAUCCUUUGACCGCAGCAGUGGGUAGUAAAGUCUUGGAAAUUAUUGAGCGUGAUGAUAUCUGCAAGCGCGCUACUGAGCACGGGGCCCAGCUUCGUGAGGGUCUGCUCAAGCUUCAGAAGAAGUACUGGUGUAUUGGUGAUGUUCGUGGCCGUGGGCUUUUGCAAGGCAUUGAGAUUAUCUCUGACCCUAAGACACGAGCCCCUGGAUCAGAGCUUGGGCAGGCAGUCUCAGAUCGCGCGAUAGCCUGCGGCCUUUCUUGUAACGUUGUUAAUCUUCCGGGCAUGGGUGGUGUCUUCCGCCUCGCGCCACCGGUUACUGUUACCACCGAGGAGAUUGACGAAGGCCUGCAGAUUCUGGAUGAUGCUUUUGCAUACGUACUGAGGAUGCUCACCAUAGAUACUUGA